AUGGGAAACAGUGCCUCAAACCGAGUCUUGGAAAAAAAAGAACGGGAGGGUGACAGGGAAAGCAGCAGAAUCCAACCAUCCGGCAACGAUGCCUCCUUGAUCCUCCAAGAGCUGACGUUUCUGAUCGUGUCGGUUACCGAUAAUUUCACCGUUCUGGCUUUCUUCCCACCAGUCAGCUGCCCCCAAGGGGAAAGCGAGGGCAGGAUGGAGGCCAGCGGCACCGGCCUCACCGGCAGCGAGGGGCCACCCACCCGGCUCCCAGCGAGCCAGGCUGAGGAGGGAAGCCCAGCGUCGUGGCCCAGCCCGGCUGCGGGCGGGUGGAUGCGUCCGCCCUGCUGCCCUGCAGAGGCGGGGACCAUGAGUGCAAUACUCUUCCUUCAAACUCUGUCCAAUCUCUCCUUCCUUGCUGAUACUGCCCCAGCUGGGGUCCAGGAAGAGAAGGGUUCCGGGCUGGAGAGCCCCCCUGAAUGGCAGGUGAGACUGCGGAAAGAGUUUGGCACCAGCUUAAAGAUCUCACGGCAGACCCUCUGCAAAACAAGCAUCCUUGCACGCCACUAUCUCUCUACCCGUCUGUCGGGAGCGCAGCUGCCUCUUGCCUCAAGCUCAGAGAAACUUCCUUCAGUCAGCCUCAAUUUCAGCUCAUGGAUUUCUCUUCCGAAUGCCGAGCGCCUGUCUCACAUGGCCAAGAUGCUCUCAUACUAUCGGGGCCUAAUACAGCAGCUUCGGGAAUACGAGACGACGAAAGAGGAUUCCCAGUUCACUGCUCAGUUUGAAACACUUGGCUUGUAUCUCCGAGACCUGAAUCAUCACGUGAAUUACCAGAUGUCACUUUGGGGUUUGCACCAGAAAGACUCUCUCGGACCUGCCCUCGAGCCCCCUCAGAUCCUUCGACACCAGAGUCAAUGGAGAAACCGCCUGGAAGUAAACUACGUCUUGAACAACCUCAAGAAUCUCCUCUGCCGUGUUGUGCGGGACUUCAUGUUGCUCAGGAGGAGAAUUGCCUGA